GCACGCCUUUGGAAGAACGGUAUUUUAGUUUAGUUUUAGUCUUCACCUCAAAAUGAGCGUCAGCCAGUGUAUUAGGGAAAGCAACGCGAAUUCGUUGUACGCUUUGCUAGCACAGCGUAAAAGUAAUCGCGAAGAGUUAGAGCUGGAGGAAACUGAUGACUAUGGUAAUACGCCACUUCUAAAAGCCUGCUUUAUGGGCAAACCCGAGCACGCAGAGGUGCUGAUACGCUAUGGAGCAAACCUGAAAGCUAUUAACUAUUUAGGUCAGAAUGCUUUGACGAUGGCAACUUAUGCGGGCAGUUUAGAGGUUGUGCGUCUUCUGUUGAGAUUUCGCUCCUAUUCAGAUUUUAAUAAGUCCUCCAUACUUCCGGCUUUAUGCGUGGCAUGUCUGCGUCAAAACAAAACGCUUAUAGACUUUUACAAACGUUUUACGACCACUGAAGAGGAGGUAAAAACGGCACACGGCCUUUCACCAGCCCAAAUAAGCGAAUGGGUAGAAAUCUAUAAUAAAUCGGGAACUGAGACAAGGCGUCCAACUCCAGCGAAUGGAGCUGCUUACAGAAUGCGAUAAUGGGCUGCACCAAAAUAACGCCAAUACGGAAUCUACAAUCUUUUUCAUAGUUUUUAAUGUUGAUGUUUUAAAUUUGAACCUUGUGUGAAAUUAAAUGUUCGUUUUAUGUUUUGUUCUAAAAUUUGUUGUAAAACUUAAGGUUUUUGUUUUUUUGUAAUCUACUGGAUCAAAAAUUGUAUCGGGUUGCAUAGCAAUCAAUUAGGAUAAAGUAAAAUUUGUAUUUCAGAAUGAUAUCAUAUAUGUAUGUGCAUAUAUUAAUCUUUGACUUUUAAAAAUAUAAUACAGCAGUUUAAUAUUUCUAGUUUA